AUGUUGAUGGCGGAUCGCGUGCAGAAUUCUCCUUAUGAGAUCGAAUUCAUGAAGAAUGCAACAUGCAAAACUCUCUGCAAAGAUGUGCCUCUAACAGAAGAAGUUAAGGGACAGCUGCAGCGUCUCGUUAGAGAUAAAUAUAUGUUUCAGAUGAUUGUCGAUCAGCUGUACGCGCUGCAGCUGGUGCAGCGGCCCAACGGCACGAGCGGAUAUACCAUUGGUGUGCCUGUGGGGUUCGAACGCGAGGGGCGCGUCUUUAUCUUCAAUCACUACAGAAUUAUUGUGCAUUACCACAGCGACACGGAAGACAAACAAACUACAUCGGGCUUGUUUAAGCUGCCUUGGGGCUCUGAUUCUCCUCAGUAUCGCAUUGUGCGCCUGGAGGUAGUUCCGGUGUCUGUACAGCACGAAGUUGAUGAGUCUGACCGUUUGACUUGCGGGCUUCCUUCAGUGGAUCAGUUGCAAGAGAGUUCAGCAGUUCCUUUGCAGACGCCUCUCUCAUCUUUGGCUCCUUUUAGCUUUCGAGCUGACGAUGCAGCAGACGGAGCAGAUAUCAGCGAGACAGGGUUGGAUCCCCUAUAUUUGAGUUUCUCUUACGACGUAGUGUUUCAGCCAAGCCCUAUUCUAUGGAGCGAACGAUGGGACAUUUACCUCGCGAAUGCUCGCGAUAGACCGCUCAUUCAUUGGUUUUCAAUUGUGAAUUCUUUGGUAGUGUUGCUGCUGCUCUCGGCGCUAGUAGCGAUGAUACUGCUGCGCGUGCUGUACAGAGACAUCAGCAGGUACAAUGACCUCUUAGCAGACGAAGAAGAUGCAGAAGAAAAAGGCUGGAAACUCCUCCAUGGAGAUGUAUUCAGAAAACCUGCACAUUCAACUGUACUGGCAGCUCUGACAGGAUCAGGAAUGCAGACAAUCCUUAUACUCUGGACUGUUAUGGGGUCUGUUGCGGGCUACACUUCAGCGCGAAUGUACAAAUUAUUUAAAUCUGUGAACUGGAAGAUGACGACCAUCCGCACGGCUCUCGUAUUCCCUGGGGUUGUUUUUUCAGUGUUUUUCCUGAUGAACGUCGUCUUGUGGUCUCAGAGGUCUUCUGCGGCUGUUAGCUUUACGGGGCUGUUGGCUCUGCUGGCGUUGUGGUUUGGCAUCAGCAUUCCUCUCGUCUUUGCAGGUGCUUACUACGGCUUCAAACAGCCAGCCAUCUCUAUACCCGUCCGCAUCAACAAAAUUCCCAGACAAGUGCCGCAGCAGCCCUGGUUUAUGCAUCCUGCGUUGUGCUCGAUGGUUGGCGGGGCUUUGCCUUUCGGGGCCAUGCUGACGGAGCUGUUCUUUCUCUUCUCCUGCAUCUGGCAGCACCGCUUCUACUACCUCUUCGGUAGGAGGGCUGAGCUUUUUAUACCCCUGCACACUUUAGUUGAACUGGAAUGA